GCGGCACCCUGGAGGCACCCCUACCUCCCCCAGGCUCCCUCCCGGGGAGCUGCUACACUCAGCCCCUUCUCUAAGGAAGGUCUCGCCUCCAGCCCGGAGCAGCCAGGAUUACAGAAAGCCUCACCCUCGGCCCGGGAACGCCAUGACCGAAGUGGGCUGGUGGAAGCUGACCUUCCUGCGGAAAAAGAAAUCCACUCCCAAGGUGCUCUACGAGAUCCCUGACACCUAUGCCCAAACAGAGGGCAGCGCAGAGCCCCCUGGGCCCGAGGGUGGAGGCCCCGAUGGCAACUUUAACACCCGCCUGGAGAAGAUUGUGGACAAGAACACAAAGGGCAAGCAUGUCAAAGUCUCCAAUUCGGGCCGGUUCAAGGAGAAGAAGAAAGUCCGAGCCACGUUGGCAGAGAACCCCAACCUCUUUGAUGACAGGGAGGACAAAGGACAGUGA